AUGUCCCACAAGACCAAUGCCCCGCUUGAGAAGGUGGAGGCCCUUCCUCCUCCAAACCUUGACUUCUUGAAGGAAGAGGACUUUGCGCUGGAAGAAGAGGAGGUGGAUGAGAUAUUGGCGAUGGCUGAGGAUAUGAACCAGUCGAGGGGUGGCGCAAUACACAAGUCGGGCUUCGGCAAAGACAACGCUCGGUGGGAACCUGGACAAACCGUCCGAUCCUCGCUGAAGGAAGAUGACGAUCCACAUGUCGCGAACCUGUUAUCGCAGACUAAAGACGCCGUCGUACUGAACACGCAAGACGAAGAGGAGGAUUCGGAUCUCUCCCAGAGGUUAGUGAGACUGAAAAAGAACGCGCCAUCAUACGUGUCACCUCCAGCUACUGCGAAGAUUGGAAACGCCCUUGGUCCGCCUCCAUCACUACCUUUCGCUGACCCGGAAGACGAAAUAGCAACGUGGUGUUCCGUCUGCAUCGAAGACGCCGCCAUUAGAUGCCAUGGCUGCGACGACGACCUAUACUGCGAAGAGUGCUUCUUGGAGGGACAUCGAGGACCUGGCGCAGGGUACCAAGAGAAGCGGCAUAAAUGGGACAAAUAUGUAAAUCCGCUAAAGAAAGGAGGAAGGCGGAGGUCCAGUUAG